GAUACUCAGCAUUGAUGAACUGAAAGGUGGAUGGUAUAUAACACAAGGAGAUGCAAGCACUGGAUCAAGAAAGAAGACUCAAGAUAACAGAGAAGCAACAGAAAACAGGACAGAGCAGCUGAAGUUUCAGGAAACAAACUUCUUUCAGGCGUCCAGGAUGCGUUCUCUGGUGGCUUUGCCUCUGCUGUUGUGUGCAGUGGUGUGUGUGGUCCAGGUGAGAGCUGACGUGAAGGCGGUGAAGCUGUGCGGUCGGGAGUUCCUGAGGGCUGUCGUUUACACCUGCGGAGGCUCCCGUUGGAGGAGAUUCCUCAGUGAGUCAGACAUGGAUGGUUUGCCCACAGGUGAGCAGAGCAGUGUGGAGAGCAGCAACCCGGGCUCCGAGUUGACCAGACGGGAUAUUAAUAACAUGCUGACCACGGUGUGCUGCCAGGUGGGCUGCAGGAAGAGCGACCUCACCUUCCUCUGCUGAGACCAAACCCCUUCUCUCUUUCUCUCUCCAAAAUGACUAUGCUCUCGCCUUAAAAUCUGAAUCAAAAUACUGAUGUUUAAAAACAUUAUGAUCACUGUAUUGUAUGUACAAUAAUGCUCAAACCCACAUUUUUUUUCUAAUUGCUUUUGAUAUUUGUGUGCGUUAUUACUUUAAAAAGGUUUACAGAUGUGAAUGUGGACCACAUCUGUGAACAUGUUUCCAAACCCAAACUAUGUGCAACCAUAGAUAUAUCUUAUUAUAAUAUAAAUUAACCUAUGAGAAUUAAAAAAACUAACUUGAGGUAAAUGCACUCAGGGAUGAUAUUGAGGGUCGCAGGACUAUAUCACUUGUGUAAAGAGAGGACAGAUUUCUCAGCCCGGGUUUGUGUCCUGUAUGUAGCCACAGGGUUGCAGGUUUGUAAAAUUUCCAUCUCUGCUUUGACGUAUUUAUAGGAAACGUGUGCUGUAUUCUAUCAUUUCGCUAUUUUUGUGAAAUAAAUGUUCUUGCAUGGGGCUUACAUUCUGUGAGGUGUCAUUUCCUGUCAUCUCUGGACUGUCAACUAUCCAAUAAAAGGCA